UUGAAGACAUGAAUGAAUGUAUUGAUUAUGAAUGCGAUCCACAAAUAAAAUAUGAAAUGUGUUUGUGUUGUGAUGUUUGAGAGGGAUAUGUAGUGAACGGCCUUUUGUGUCAAUCAAUCAAUGAAUGAGACGUCAGAUCAUUGAAGUGAUUGAAGUGACCAUUGAUUACAACAAUCAGUGAAUCCAAAGAAUUCACGACAACUGUUGAAAUGCAAAACAAAGUUAAGACAAAUCUUUAGCCGAAUAAUGGAAGACAACAAAAUCGGUUUUUCCAAUCCAUCCAUUGAUACGAAAUCUGUGGUUCAAAUGCCACCGAAAACGAUGGCGAAUGCAAUUCAGCGCACAUCCAGCGGAUCCAUGGUUUCGUCGCCGCAAAUGAUUGCCAACAAACUAAAGAACGCGAAUAUCGUGUCUACGAUCGGAAAGAACCGAAUCGUACCUCACGUUCCCAUUUCUAACGAAGGAAUGGGUGUUUGUAUUCGUUGUGGAAAUGUUGGCGUCAAAGACACCUUCUAUGGAAAAGGCAAACAAUACUGCAGCGCGAGUUGUGUUCGCGGACUUCCUCCACAACCACAACAAACGCCUCUUUUCAAGAUCGUCACUCUUCCAUCCAAUAAACCCAAACUCGUGUCCAAAACUUCUUCGGUGUCUUCGACGCCAAUUCACACCGUCUCAACCGGUCCUCAACCUCUUCAGCCGCAAACUCAGACGCAAAAGAAAAGACCUUUUGUUAAAUUACAACAAUUGUCUUCUUCUUCUUCUUCAUCUUUUGCGAAGAAGACAAACAAAACUCAGACCAAAAGUGCGCACAAUUGUUCCAAUGGUUUCGAUUGGACCAACAUUUUGCACGAUCCGAGUGUGAGGGGCGUUCCCAUCAGUUCCUUCCCCCACGCGCCGCUUUGCGAAACUUGGGAAUCUUUGGUCACAAUUGGACUCAAACUCGAAGUCAAAAACCGCGACUUUUCGACCGCAAAACCCAAUCAGGAGUUCCAUUGGAUCGCAAGUGUCGUCAGAAUCGCCGGUUACAUGGUGCAAUUGCGAUACGAGGGAUUCGGAAACGAUUCGAGUCAAGACUUUUGGAUCAAUAUCUUCACGACUCAAGUCCAUCCCGUCGGUUGGUGCGCUUCUCAGGGAAAAGCACUGAUUCCCCCCAAAACCAUUGAAGACAAAAACUCCGAUUGGAAGGGAUUUCUCGUCAAAAGACUGACCGGAUCGCGCACUCUGCCCGAGAACUUCGGGGAUCAAGUCAAAGACAGUCUUAAGACGCGAUUCCGGUUCGGAAUGCGCUUAGAAGUGGUCGACAAGAACCGCAUUUCGGCCGUAAGAGUGGCCUUAAUCGACGAAAUAGUCGGCGGAAGACUUCAUGUGACUUACGAGGGAUCGGAAGACGUGGACGAAGGGUUCUGGUGUCACCAGAGAUCCAAUCUGAUUCAUCCGGUCGGUUGGGCUCAAGUCGUGGGUCACGAGUUGCGCGCGACUCCCGAAUACGCAAAGAGUUCUCUCCAGAAGUCUCUCAGCAAACAAUUCGAAGACUCGGACUGCGCCUGGAGUCUCUUCCAGAUGCCAUUGUCCGCCAUUAGUACUGAACUUCGAUUCAGAGAAGGAAUGAAACUCGAAGCCAUAGAUCCGUUGAAUUUGUCGACAAUCUGCGUGGCAACCGUCACCAAGGUUCUGCGCAACAAUUAUCUAAUGAUAGGAAUCGACGGAAUGAUGUCUCCCAACGGAUCCGAUUGGUUCUGCUAUCACGCGACCAGUCCUUGCAUUUUCCCCGUCGGCUUCUGCGGACUCAACGACAUCCAGUUGACUCCACCACGUGGCUAUAAAACCGAAUUCAAUUGGUUUCAAUAUCUCAAGGAAACCAAGGCUACGGCGGCUCCCGUUCCUCUCUUCAAAAAGGAUAUUCCAAAACACGGCUUCAAAGAGGGAAUGUUUGUCGAAGCCGUCGAUCUCAUGGAACCGCGUCUUAUUUGCGUGGCCACCAUCACUAAAGUGGUCGGACGGCUUCUCCGCGUGCAUUUUGUGGGUUGGGACGAAUCGUACGAUCAGUGGUGUGAUUGUGAAUCUCCGGAUCUGUUUCCGAUUGGUUGGUGUCAAUUAGUGAAUUAUCCUCUGGAAUCACCAAAAGAAGACGAUUUAACGGGAAUUCAAAACAUGACUCCAAACGAGUCAAACAAAAGACGAAGAAAUCUCUGCAGAAAUCGAAAUCAAAAACGCAAAAAGCGUUUAUCGCCUUCUAUUGCCGGAAAUGACUUUAAAUUCGAAGAACCCGAAGACAUCAACACUUCAUUUGCAUCCGAAUCGUGGAUUCACAACCAAGACGACACCAUUUCCUCAUCUUCUUCAUUGUCUGUUUCGUCCAACAGUGCGGUUAUUAUWAARCCGUCGCCAAUCAUAAAGACGUCAUCCGAUGCAUCUGAUUUGGGAUCAGAUCCGCGAGUUUGGACAAUUCAAGAAGUGGUUCAGUUUCUCAGACAAAACGAUUGUUCUUCUUAUUGCGAUUCUUUUCUCUUGAAUAAAAUCGACGGAAAAAAGUUUUUGUCUCUAAAUCGGGAGGAAAUCCUUGAACUGACUCUCAUGAAAGUCGGACCUUCACUCAAGAUUCACGCUUUAAUUCAAUCACUCAUUAAUAAGAAAUACUAAAUGAAAAAGUGUUCAAAAGUUCAAAAGUAUUUGUUUUAAAAUACAAUUUGUUUUCAAGUUUUGCCGA